GCACGUAGCACCCAAACCCAACACCCCGCCGUACCCAGCGGCGGUGCUAUAAAUCCAGGAAGAAGAAGAAGAAGACUCAGACUCGAGCCCACCGCUGCUGAAGAAGCUGGGCGGCAUGUCCGGUGCGCAAGGAGCGCAGCCCAAGGAAUCGCUGACGCCGACGACGUACGAGUCGGUGCCGGCGGAGAAGAACAAGACGCGGCUGGACCCGCGGUCGAAGGAGGACGAGGGCAUGAUCAAGAUCGAGAAGCAGCAGGACAAGGUGGAGGACGCCGCCGGUGGGGGCGGCCCCGUGUUCGGUGCCGGCAAGGAGGAGCACAAGCCGGACCUCGGCGUCACCGGCACCGGUUGAAGGGCUCAUGUUAAUCCAGAGAGAGAGAGGGAGAGAUGUGCGGAUGGAUGGAUAGGCGUACGAGUUAAGCGUUUUGUUAGUGCUGUAAAUUAA